CUCCAUACUCUCUCUCUCUCUCUCUCUCGACAUUCUCAGCGAACCACCGCCACCAUCAAUUAAACCAAACCACAAACCCAACUUCCUCUUUUUCUCAUCUUCCCUUCCGAAACAAAUAGAACGCCACAUCCACAAGCACAAUAGCCAUUUAGAUUAAACCAUCUGUGGCAGCUAUUCUUCACAAAUGACUCAAGCUCUCCACUUGAUUUUUCAGAAACAUGGGUUUUUCUUCGAUGGGUUGUCAUUGGAUUAAGUGCUUCUUAUUUGAUACAGAGCUUGCCGUAUCCUUCAAGCCAUCUUCUCAACGCCCCAUCACAAAGCCAUUUUCUACCUUCAAUUUACAUUGCCAAAUGUAGAGAGUGCCAGAAUUAGAAUCAAAUGGCCAGUUUUGGCAAUUUUGUAAUUGCUGUUAUGUUCCUGCUUCUCUCCCACACAGUUUCCGAUGCAAUUGAUAGCGUUGAUUCAUCCCAAUCUAUCAGAGAUGGCACAACUUUGGUUUCUAAACAAGGAAGCUUUGAGUUUGGUUUCUUCACUCCAGGUAAUUCCAAUAAUCGUUAUGUGGGAAUUUGGUACAAGAAAAUCUCUGUUCAAACUGUCGUUUGGGUUGCAAAUCGAUGCAACCCGAUUAACGAUUCUUCUGGCUCGUUGAGCAUAAACAGCACAGGCAAUCUUGUGCUCUUGUAUCAGAACAAGACUGUUGUUUGGUCGACGAACUCAUCCAAACAAGCCCGAAAACCAAUAGUAGAGCUUCUAGAUUCUGGAAAUCUUGUGCUAAGAGAUGACGAAGAUAGAAAUGCGGAAAACUAUUUGUGGCAAAGCUUUGACUAUCCCUCAGAUACAAUAUUGCCAAACAUGAAAUUUGGGUUGGAUUUGAGGACGGGUCUUAAGCGGCAUCUCUCGGCUUGGAAAAGCUGGGAUGAUCCUUGUCCUGCAGAUUUCACUUUAACAACUGAGUAUGAUCCACAACUUCAUACGUUCCCUGAUGGUUAUAUCUGGAAAGGCUCAGCAAAGUUCUUCCGCACAGGACCUUGGAAUGGCCUUCGUCUUAGUGGCUCACCGGAACUAAGGUCAAACCCGCUUUAUAAUUUCACCGUUGUUCAGAAUGACAAUGAAGUGUAUUUCAUAUACAACCUCAAGAAUGAGUCAGUGAUCACAAGGGUAACUCUAAACUAUACCACAAGGCGUCGUGAGCGCCUCACAUGGAUAGAGGCUGAACAAACUUGGAGGCUUUAUUCAUCAUUACCUAAAGAUGACUGUGAUAGCUAUGGUGUCUGUGGAGCCCAUGGAAAUUGUAUGAUAGACGAGAGCCCGAUCUGUCAAUGCCUAAGAAGAUUCAAGCCCACGUCUCAAGAGAAAUGGAAUUCAAUGGACUGGUCGGAUGGAUGUGUCCGGAAUAAUCCUUUGAACUGUACGGAGAAAAAUAGAGAUGGGUUUGUCAAAUAUUCUGACUUGAAAGUCCCAGAUACAACACAUUCUUGGGUGAACAAGAGUAUGAAUCUAGAGGAAUGUAGGGCCAAAUGCUUGAGCAACUGUUCUUGCACGGCUUAUACAAACUACGAUAUCAGAGGACAAGGCAGUGGUUGUGCCAUCUGGUUUGGUGAUCUGAUGGACAUCAGGCAAUUUUCCAGUGGUGGACAAGAUCUGUUUAUUCGUAUGUCACAUUCAGAGCUAGAUAAAGGAAGUGCUGAUUAUAAGAGGAGAGCAUCAGUGAUUGUGGUAGCUGUCAUUGGAGGUGUUUCUGGGAUGCUCCUGCUUGUGUAUUGCAUUCGCAGGAGAAGGUCAAAAGAUAGAAAUCAAACAAUGAGUCAGAAUGGAGAUGGAGACCGAGAUGGAGACGCAGACGAAGACCUGGAACUACCUUUGUUCAAACUGUCUUCUAUAACUGCUGCCACCGAUGCUUUUGCUCUCUACAAUAAGCUUGGAGAAGGUGGUUUUGGACCCGUAUACAGGGGCAAGCUAGAAGAUGGACAAGAAAUUGCGGUGAAGAGACUAUCAAUACGUUCUGCGCAAGGAGUAACAGAGCUGAGAAAUGAAGUAAAACUAAUUGCGAAGCUUCAACAUCGAAAUCUUGUGAAGCUUCUUGGUUGUUGCAUUCAGGGAGAAGAAAAAUUGUUGGUUUAUGAGUAUAUGCCGAACAAAAGCCUCGACUCUUUCAUUUUUGAUCAAAAGCAAGGAAAACUCUUAGAAUGGCCAAAGCGCUUCCAGAUCAUAUGUGGAGUUGCUCGAGGACUUCUAUAUCUUCACCAGGAUUCUAGAUUGAGAGUAAUACAUAGAGAUCUCAAAGCUAGUAAUGUUUUACUUGACAAUGACAUGAAUCCUAAAAUCUCAGACUUUGGCUUGGCAAGAACUUUCGGAGCAGAUCAAACAGAAGAAAAGACAAACAGAGUAAUUGGAACCUAUGGCUAUAUGGCACCCGAAUACGCAUUCGAUGGCUUAUUCUCAAUAAAAUCAGAUGUCUUUAGCUUUGGUAUAUUAGUGUUGGAGAUUGUAAGUGGAAAGAAAAGCAGAGGCUUUCACCAUCAAAAUAAUGGUCUUACCCUCAUUGGACAUGUAUGGAAAUUGCAUAGAGAAGGCAAUUCAAUUGAAAUGCUUGAUAAGAGCUUGAGGGUAGCAGACCACAACCUAAAACAAGUGUUGCGUUGCAUUCACGUCGGUCUCUUAUGCGUGCAACAAAGUCCGGUAGACAGACCAAACAUAUCGACAGUGGUUGCAAUGUUGGGAAGUGAGAGUGAGCUGCCUCAACCCAAACUACCCGGCUAUUUCACGGAGAUGGAUGCAGUGAAAGGAGACAGUUCCUCUACAAAGCCCGACUUGUCUUCAACGAAUGAUAUGAGCAUCACACUGCUUGAGGCCCGAUAAGGCUUAAUUAAUAUCUAAUUAUGGCGAACUUUUUGCAAGAACUCAAAACCUUAUUAUUAGCCUAAUUAUAUACUAACUCAUUCAUGAAUUUGUUGUAUUUAUUUUUGGAGUAAGUUUGUAGUUCUGCUUAACCGAGUGGAUUGAAAUAACCUAUUGGAUAGUAUAUAUGAGUCACUCUUAACUCUAUAAAAGCAUGGUAAUUUGCAGUUAUGCUCUGGUGCCGUUCUUACUGGGGAAAAAAAAAAAAAAAAAAAUCUACCAACAGUGAUGAUUUUCCAUCAUCUAUCUGCAGUAGUGAUGAGUUUUUUACUCUCACAUCUUGAUUGUCAUUUUAUUCGUGAUCUUUUCAUUUAUGUGUUUGUGUGUGGUUUCAUACAUAGUGGGAAAGAACUAAAGACUUUAAGGUGGGAAAGAUCUACAACAUCGACAACAGAUUCAAUAUCGACGGCAUGAAAACAUCAAUGAGGACCAGUGCGUGAAAACACACACACACACAUAUAUGUAUUGCUUUAACUGUC